AUGACAAUCCUGCAAAUGCUGUCUUGUGGUUUGGUUUCAAUAGUCCUACUUACAUCCCCUUUUCCCACCCUCGGUCAAGCUGAAGACAAGGUUUGUGACGCUUCAACUGGCAACCAGAAUUGUCCCAAUGAACUUGAUGGCUUCGGAAUACAGGACAACAAUGACGACAAGGCGUAUGAUUUGGUUCAAUCCAUGAUGAAAUCUCUGCAAGAACAUGAUGACGGCUUCUUCAACCAGGAUAAGCUUGAAAUCCGUCGUCGGAUACCAAAUGAUGCUUCUUCACCGUUGGGUAUCUUUGCUACGGACGACAUCUCAUCAGAUGAAUUGUUGCUAAAGUUUCCUGCGGAAUCUCUGAUACGCAUUGAACCCUCUGGGUCGUACGACGAGGACACUUGUCGAUUGAAAGAUGCACUAAUGGAAGAAAUGAAAAAGGGCGAAGAAUCUGAAUUCAAAGAUUACAUUGACCUUCUGCUGCUUCAGACACCCACAAUUCCAGCAGCUUGGUCCGAUCAGGGUCAAGUAUUGUUGCAUCACAUGCUUACGGAUACCGGUAUGAGCGACGGAAUGGAGAGACUACUGCCUCCAAGCGAUCCGACAUCGCUCUAUGACAUUACUUGCUACGACGACGAGGAUGAAGUGGAAGAGAAACUUUUACAUUUCGCCGUCAUCAACGGAUAUGACAUUCUAAUGGCACCUGUGUACGACGUCAUCAAUCAUUCCAAUCACCCCGACAAGAUCAGCGUCAAGAAUACUAGCGUGCAAAGAAAGCACGGAUUCGAAGUCUCAGCAUCUAGAGGCAUCAAACAAGGUGAAGAACUUUUACAUUCCUACAACCGAUGUCUAGAUUGUGACGGGGAUUCAGAUAUCUUUGGAACUCCCGAAAUCUUUCGAAACCAUGGAUUCGUGGAAGAUUAUCCUCAACGAUAUGAACUCUUUGGGGGCCACUUUGACGAAGAAGACGCUGGCUUUGACAUUGUCGAAAGAAAUGGCACUCUUUCUGUGGAGUGGUUGAAGAAACCAUUCUUUAAUGGAGGCAGAAUACCAAUUAUGAGACGACAGCUAAAACGGUUGGAUCAAUUCCAAUUCGAGGAACUAAUGCCUGCCAAAACGACGCUUCACGAGACGGAGUGGAAUUUACUUCAUCAAUACUACGAAGCUUUGACCGUGGCAUUGUCGCUGGCUCUGUCGGAUGCCGACGCUGAUGAAUUUGACGAAACGUUUGAUUAUAACUUUGAUCCCAAGGUUGAAUAUUGUCUACCUGAAGACACGCAUGUCAUUAACAAACUUGACAAGUAUCGGGAUGUAAUUUAUCAAUCGGAGACUCUCAUCUGGGCAUCAAAACACUUUCACCCCAUUGAUUCAUUGCAAUCCGAAUAUCAAACGAUUGAAUACUACAAAGAACCAAAGACAAAGGAUGUGUGUUUUUACAUUGAUGAUAUCUUUCAAAUGUGUGGGUCAUACUGGCCGUAUUAUCAUGAGAUGCAAGUUCACAAAGCGGCAAAAUAUCUAAAGGAUGAUAUUAAACGAGUUCUCUUUGUCGGUGCAGGUGACAAUGGACUUUUGAAUGAAAUCGUCAAAUAUCCAUCCUUGGAGCUGGUGGUCGGUUUGGAAUUGGACCAGCAUGUCUCGAGACUGGCAUUUAAGCAUUUUGCAGCAAAGCCACACUUUGACAAUCCCAAGGUACAAUGGUGGUUUGGAGAUGCAUCCAAGACGCUAUUCAUGCUACCGAAAGAGUAUUUUGGGUCAUUCGAUAUGGUCCUGGUGGACUUGUCGGAUACUGUCUUGUCACUCACUGUUUCUGGUGAACUUGAUGUGGUUGGGGCACUCUCAUUGCUCCUUCGACCAGGUGGGGUCUUCUCCAUGAACGAAUUGUUCUUUCGACGCGUUAGCGAUGUAUUCAAGCACACUGUCUACUAUCAGUUUACGGGUGUUCCAAAGGUCCUUGACCAAGGUUUCAUUUUUGCUAGUAAUGAUAUUGACUUGCUGCACCAAGACUUGACGGAUCACGAAAUUAAGAACAUCCAUGUAGAAGACUCGAUUCUGAAGACGGACCAUCGAUUCAGACACGUGCAUGACUACCGACGCAACCCCCACAGCUCAUCGCAACAGAUCUGCCAAGACUCGAGUGAACAGAAAGCAGAGCUAACAUGGCAAGAGACAAGUUUUGGAAUUUUUAUGGCGAUCGAGGCAGAGGACCUUGAAAGCUCUGAACUGGGAUCGCGAACCAAAGUACAAGCCAGAAUCGAAUCCGCAUUGACGAAUGCGGGGUUUCGUGUGAUUGAAUCCACCAAUGAUAGUUUGACAGACAAUGUUUUUGUAGUGGUGAUGGAAGAAGGAUACGCGACGGUCCGACUGCACGAGGAAGAAAAGUAUGUCGGUUUUGACACUGUCUUGUGGAGUUCCUUCAACAAUCAGGAAACAUUAAAAGAAGUACUUGUGGAAUCAGUUGGUGGUUCGAUUUCCGCAACUUCUUCCUUCCGAAUUGUCACUGGUGGCAUGUUUGGUACCAAAGCUUGGAAAGAAGACCGAAAGAGCCAUGGGCCCGAGAUCGUAAACGAAUGCCCCAAAGCAGAAAAGAAGAAGUUUGUCAAACCAGAAAAUGUCUUUCCGGUUGCACUUGAAGGAAGUAUGGAUCUUGUUCAAGACAAAGGCAAAUUUGUGGUCGCAGUCCUUUGCCCCCCUGCAGGGGUACCAUGCGAGAGCAUCGAUCUGUUGAAGAAGCAUUCAAAGGUUGCUUCAGUUGCCAGUUUCAAUGCUUGCGCCGAAACGGAAUCCUUGAACGAUGACAAACUCUGCAGCAUUGAAUCUGCUGCCAAGCAAAUGGACACGAUAUCCUCAUCCAAGAUUCGAGCCAUGGUGGUCGAUGCGGCUUGCCCUCCAUCCAUGGAAGACUUGCCAUUGGCGAUGAAGCGAAAGGGUAUCUUUGCUUCCGAUGUCCUUGCCAUGGCCACCAUCAGCUCACGUCACGAGCUCUGGAGACGGCAAUUGGUUGAUAAGAUACGUCGCAAAGUCGUGCCAGUAGACCCAGUCUUUCGAGCUCAUGUCGUUUUCAACUCAACGUCAGAUGAACUCAGCAGCAGCACGGAGCUUGCAAUCACAUCUUCUGGGGAUGAACUCUUCAUGGAGCACUUGAGGGAAUCGGUUGCCAAGAUGCAAAAAACGAGUGGUUUAGAUCUGCAUGUUAGCAACAUUUUGGGAGGGCUUUGGAGAGAAGAAACCCGCUGGGUUUUCCCUGACGAAGAGGCUUCGAAACUGUUCUAUCCAGAAGAUUAUGAUCACUCAAGCUCGUUGGAUCAAUAUAUGAGUCAACGUCCACUGGGAAUUCAAGCCGUUGUCCAACUUCAUAAUUUAGCGCCGCUCGAGAUGAAUGAAGAAAUCGAAUAUACUCUUUAUUUGGAAAAUGACGAAACCUUCAAAUCCAACGUCAAGACAGUCAAUGGUAACGGCGUUUAUACCGUCUUUGACUUCUUUGGAGACGACUUGAAUCUACCAAGGUACAGAUUAAAGAGCCUCAGCGGAGAUGGCGUCGCCAACUUGACUGCAUCAGAUAUGAAAGAGGCCUUUGAUGUCGUUUUUGUCAGCGAGAAUGAUAAGAAUCCCAUGUACACAAAUACUUUUGAAGGAAUCGGAGAAGGCACUGUAUUCGUUGCGAUUUGGGAAGACGGUCAAGCCAUUAUGGUUUGGGACGGGCGCCAUACUGUGGAUCUGAAUGUGUACUGUGAGGAUUUGGGAACCUUCCAAAUGAUACAGAAUCGCAUUCAAGGAAGGCUACUAACGUUGAAGAUACAUUUGUUGGACAUACACCCUAGAGGAUAUGGUCAUGUCGUCAAUUUCGCAACUGACAAGGAACAACAUCCAACCCCACAUUGGUUUGAUGACGUUGAAAACGCCAAAUAA